AUGCCGAUCGAAUGCUCGAUUUUCUUCACCGAUAUGCUUAAGUCCAACGGCGGCACGUUCAAGAUUAUAGGACCCUGGUUUGCAAGCUCCGACUUCGUUCUUACAGCCCAUCCCAUGAACAUCAACAACGUUUUCUGCAAGAACCAUGUAAACUACGUGAAAGGCCCUGAGCUCAGGCAAAUCCUGGAGCCCUAUGAAGGAAUAAUCAUUUCGGAUUCAGAUGUAUGGAAGAGACAAAAGAAGGUAUUGAUGUCAUUCUUCAAGUACAACAAGAAAUCUGCAGCCUACAUGGACCGAAUUCUCCUGCAAGUGCUCAAGGGAAGUCUCUUCCCGGUCCUCGACCAUUUUCAGACACUUGGAACUGAAGUAAACCUCGAAGAUGUGCUAGGUCGGUUCAACUAUGACUACAUGUGCCUGUUGGGAUUCGGGUUCAACCCCAAGACUCUAUCCGCCGAAUUACCGGUUGUUGAAAUCACAGAGGCAUUGGGACACAUAGAUGAGGCCUUGGUUCAUAGGAGGGUUGUGCCUCAAAUGAUAUGGAAAUUGCAGAAAUGGCUUCAAAUUGGAAAGGAGAAAAAGCUGAACAGAGGGUUGAAGAUGGUGGAUGAUUUUUCCUACAAACACAUUUCGUCAAUACGAGAUGAGUUGAGAAGAUCCAAGGCCAUGGCUGAUGAUCGGUUCGAUGCCUUGACAGCUUUCAUGGUGGAAGAAGAAGCAUCAUAUGUAAGUGAGAUGGGAAAAUCAGACAAGUUCCUAAGAGACGUUGUAUACGAUUUCUUAACAGUGGGAAAGGACUCCACAACUGCCGGCCUCACAUGUUUUCUGUGGCUCGUUUCAACUCAUCCGUGGGUUGAAACCCAGAUUUUGGAAGAGAUCAAAGCCAAUUGUCCAGAAAGCAACGAUGGGAAGGUGGUGUAUUUCACUCCAGAAGAGCUGAAUAAGUUCGUUUACCUGCGUGCUGCAUUCUGCGAGACACUAAGACUGUAUCCGUCAGUGCCGUUGGACUUCAGAUCAUCGAUCGCACCAGACGUUCUUCCGAGCGGGGAUCGUAUCGGUCCCAACACGAGGAUCUUGAUCUCAUUGUACUCGAUGGGAAGAAGUGAAGAGAUAUGGGGUGAGGACUGCAUGGAAUUCAGACCAGAAAGGUGGAUCUCAGAGGUGGGAGAUUUCGUCCCCAAGCCUGCAUCCAUGUAUCUGCCAUUUGGGGUCAGACAGAGAGCUUGUUUAGGCAAAGAAUUGAGUCUGAAAAUGAUGAACACAGUGGCCAUCAAUGUUCUUCGACAUUACGAGGUUAAGGUUGUCGAGGACCAGAAGGUAGCAAUGACCAACAAAGUCCUUGCACUCACCACUCAACAUGGUUUGAAGAAUGGUGGAUCUCAGAGGUGGGAGAGUUCGUCCCCAGACCGGCAUCCCUAUCUGCCAUUUGGGGUUGGACAGAGGGCUAGUUUAGGCAAGGAAUUGAGUCUGAAAAUGAUUAAUACAGUGGCCAUCAAUGUCCUUCGACAUUACGAGGUUAGGGUUGUCGAGGACCAAAAGGUUGCAAUGACCAACAAAGUCCUUGCACUCACCACUCAACAUGGUUUGAAGGUCAGAAUCAACAAAAGAAAGAUAGGCAGUCCUCAGUAA